AUGGCGGCGGCCGAAGUGACAGGAGAGGAGAAGGCGAGGGAGUACAGGAAGGGCAACUGGACCCUGGAGGAGACCAUGUCGCUGAUAGAAGCCAAAAGCAUGGACAAGGAGAGGAGGACGAAGAGGGUCGCCGGCGGCGGCGGGCCGUCGGAGCUGAGAUGGAAGUGGGUGGAAGACUAUUGCUGGAAGAUGGGAUGCCACCGCAGCCAGAACCAGUGCAACGACAAGUGGGACAACCUCAUGAGGGACUACAAGAAGGUGAGGAGCCACGAGACGGCGGCGGCGGCCGGCGGCAGUACCGGCGGCGCUGGUCUCUCCUACUGGAAACUCGACAGCUACGGGAGGAAGGAGAAGGGCUUGCCGUCGAACUUCCUGCUUCAGAUUUACGAGGCCUUGUCCGACGUUGUGGAGACAAGAGAGGAAGGCAGGGGAGAGAUUGCGGCGACGGAUAGGCCGCCGGCGAAGGAAACCUUGCCGCCGGCGGAGCCACCUCUCUCUCUUCCUCAGGUAUUGCAAGGGCUAGGUAAUAAUCCAACUGUAAAUCCGUCCCUCAGUCCUCGUUCAUCUCAUUAUUUGACAGCCUUUUAAACUAGCCACCCGGAAAGAAGCAUUUUUUAGCCUUUUCUUACUCUUUCCCUCUCGAUGCAUGCAUAAUUUAUCGAAGAUUUCACUCAGUUCGAGUUCUACGUCUGUCGGUCCUCCUGUGCUUGUCCUAAAACCAGUUUCUGCCUCCUCUCUCUCUCACACACUCACACACACACGCGCACACACAGACACUCUCUCUUUGGAUCCAUGUAUCUAUCUACCUACCCACCUAUUUAUUACUCUAUAACUUAAGUCCUAGCCUUCUACUGGGAUUGAACUUCAUCGACUGUUAAACCUCCCUUUCUCUCUCUCUCUCUACCCCGCCCCCAUCUCUCUUACUCAAACACACUCGCUGUCUAUUUGUCGUCCCCCCUCCCUCACACACACGGACACUGUCUCUAACUAGCUAUCAAUCUCUCUCUCUCUCUCUCUCUCUCUCUCUCACACACACACACACUUUCAAUCAAUCCAGAGUCUUCCCAAGUGUCGACCUUCGCUUUCGUGCUCACGGAGGAAGAUUUGAUGGGCAACCGACGUUCCACACAACCUGCGAAUUCUCUCAGCAAUCCAUCAUCCCUUCUCCACGCAGUCAUCGUCUUCCUUCCUCAUGCUUCCGUUCUUCCUCCCCACAUGGCCAGAUCUUCUCGCGGCGACGAUGAUUAGUUUCUUCCUUUCAUCUUCUCCGGAUCAGGCCAGCCGGUUCCUGUCUCACGUUCUCGGUGUGGGUUCCCUCAGAUUCUGACCCAACCGACCGCUCGGUCUCCCCGCCGAGGAAGAGGGUGAGGGGAAGAAGAGGAAGGAAGGACGGCGGCGGCGGAGUGGCGUCCGCCAUCUCCAAGGGCGCCGCCGUGUUAGCAGAGGCCCUCAUGGCGGGGGAGGAGAAGGAGGAGACGAGGCACAGGGAGCUCCUCGAGGUGAAAGAGAGGAGGCUGAGGGUCGAGCGGUCCAGGGCGGAAACGGCAGCGGAGGCCGUAGCUGGCCUGGUGGCCGCCGUCGACAGGCUCGCCGGCUCCAUCCGUGGCGCCAGACGACUCGUUGAUGAAUGUAACGAACACGGAAAACAGUGA